AUGCCCUGCCUAGUCAAGCUGCGCGUUGUCGGUGCUCGCGGUCUUCUCCUCAGUUCCUCGUCCUCCGCGUCGGCGUUCGCGGCGCUGCCUGGCGCCAGUCCGGAAGCCCGCCACCACCCGUCGUUUUUUCCUCCUCAGCGUCUCUACAAAAAGGAGAGGGACGGCGACACAGAGAAGCGAGAGAGGGCCGGGGCUGGCAGGCGGAACGAGCGAGGGGGGGGAGGGUACGCAUGGAGUGCGACGGGGUCGGCCUCGCACCUGGGUGUCAACACGCUCGCCGGCGAUGCGGCGCACCAUGGGAAAAGUGGACAUUUGCACUGCGCUGCGUCCGCACAGUUUGCCGGCGAUCUCCUCGUGGUUGAGGUCUCUCUCGGGCCGCACUUUCGCGAACGAACAAAAGCCACUAGCGCGCAGUUCCUCGCCCCUGAUGAUGCCGCCAGCCUCCCCGAGUCCCUGCGGUGUCCGUACACCUGGAGCGAGACCUUUCGGAUUGAGGUGGCGGACGAGGCCGCCCUUCAGGUUUGGCCAAUUGAGUUUGAUCUUUUCCGCCUCUCGGCUCCAGACGCGACGCCAAUGCUCUGCGGGCCAGGCGUGGCUGCGAGUGGGACGCUGUCAACUGGUGCAGGCCCGUCGGGUCAGGGUGCAUCUGCCCCGCUGACGGGUCAGAAGGCCCGCUGGUGCCCGCUGGGCCCGACCCCUCCGCAGCAUAGUCCGUGGAGGCGCACGGGAAGCGUGGGCGCGCCCAAGCUGCACCGAUGGCCUUCUGCAGCGGGCUUCCUGCGCAGCUCCAGUCGCGCUCUCUCGCAGCUCGUGGACGGGUGCAAGAAUUUAGUCGCCGUCAGGCCUGGGGCGGCCGCCGCGCACUCGGCGACAGACGCACGGAACGAGGCGAGCGGCGUCGACGGAAGGCAGCUGGUCGCGCGCGGCGUGAGCCACCACUCCGGGACGGCGGACGGCACCGCGGGCCGCUCCUCCCUAGUCGGCAGCGGCGCCGUGCUGGGCACGCUGCUGCUUGACCUCACGCCGCUGCUCAGCGCCGCGGGCGAGGAGUGCGAAGAACGCGACACGCGCAGAUUUGCGGGCGCUGCGGCCGCAGAGGAGGAGGAAUGGACCUGCUUGCGGGCUGGCGGCCGCGAGGAAAAACUCCGGCUGCUGCCCCGGGGCCAGAUGGAGGGCUGGUUUCCGCUCCUCGACGCGAAGAAAGGGGUCGUAGGCGAGCUCUGGAUCUCGGUUCGUCUCGCCUUUGCCCGGCAGCUGAAUCCCUUCAGCUCUGCGUCUUCUGGCUUCGUUCGGUUCUUCUCGCUCGCGGGUCCUCCGCAGGCGUAUCUGCGCUCCGGCGUGACGCUUCUCGGCUUGGUUGAGGAGCUGCUUCUCGUCACUGCGCCUUCGGAAGAGGAUGAGGACUACGCGUACUGGCGCGACCUGAUGAGAACCUCCGCGAAGAACUCCGCGACAGUCCGACGUCUCAUGCUGCACCGCGCCGCAAUGCUCACGCGGCGGACGGUCGCCACAAAAGUCGAGCAGCGAGGCGGCAACGCAGUGCUGGGGUACCGUGAAGUGUUGGAGAUCGACGGCGUCUUCGACAGCUCGGCGGACGGUGCCGGCGACAGUCGGCUGGCGUGGUGCGUGCGCGCCUUCGGCACCGUCGUCCGCUUGGCGUCGUCGCCCGCAGCGCUCUCCUCCUCGCUUCCCUCGCUGCUCUCUCGCAAAUGCCCUUUUACGUCCGCGGCGUAUCGAUCGACGCCUGUCGCGCUGACAGACCACGCCCGCUGGAGCUCACGUCCGCGGCCGGAGGCCGGCGCAAGCACACCAGGCGGCGGGCGAAGGGGAAGUCUGGAGCGUCCAGCGUCGCCCUCCUCGGUGUCGCACAGGAGCGUCGCGGCGCCAGCGUUUCGCGACGAGGCGCGGACGUUUGCGGAGCCGCGGACCCCUGCCUCUGACUCAGACUGCAGCCGAGGAGAGCCCGCCGGGGGAUCGCCGCCGCGGCGGCGUCGCACGGCCGUGGCUUCGCUUAAUCGGUCAGCAGCGGCGGAACGCGCACGGUGCCCCGACGGCGACGUCGUGUCUGGGAAGAGGUCUGCAGAAGGCGCAGCGGAAGCGGGGGGCACGGGCGUCUCUAGGCCGACGGACGCGCCGCGCUGGUUCGCCACCGCGGUUUCGCAUUCCUCCGCCCCUGUUGGCGGUGCGGAAGAAGCGCGGGGGCGGUGGAGCGCGGGGUGGGAGCCGGAGGGCAGACGCGAGCAGCUGAAGCGGGAGCGAAGGCCAAGUCGACUCGACGGUGACGGUGGCGGGCCGCGCGACGGAGGCAGCAGGGGAGGCAGCUUCGAGAAUGUCGGGGAGAUAGACGCAAGUGUACGCAGUGAUGGCGAGCGCGGCCGCGGCCGCACGGAUUUGCCUACAGAAGAAGACGCCGAGGCCGGCUGGGAGCGAAGCAGCAGAGCUCGCAGGAGCACGCCAUCGUUCCUGCCUCUUCCGCCUCCAGUGCGCAGCGCCGCAGGCGCGCAGAGUCGCAGUGCCUCGCGCUGCCCUGCAUCGCCGUUCGUGGCGGGGGCAUACCCGCCUGCCUUCAUUUUACCUCGAUUGUCUGGGCCCUCGCCCGCCGAGGCGGCGGCAGCCGCGUGCACGCCUGUCGAGCUCCUUACCAUUGGCCGCCUGCCGCUAAACUAUACGCCAGUCUUUGGGAGCGUGGUGAGCGCCCACAGCGUCAAAGUGCUCCCUGCAGGCUCGCUGGGCACCACUCAGGAGCAGCGCACCGCCUGGUGGCUGCAGCUGCGAGACGAGCUCCGCGCGCACGCCCACGCGCUCCAGUGCGACGCGAUCCUCGGCUACGACGAGGCGGUGGAUGAUCCGCUAGUCUCGCUUGUAGGCCCUGUCUUCGCGGUCGCCUCACCCGACGCCCGAUUCCCUCCCCCCCGAAUCGCCUCCGCGUACACCUACGCAGCUUCUGGGGCGCAUUCGCACGCAUCCUUCACUCCGGUCGGCGCCGCCUCGUCGCGCGCGACUCUGUUGCUGUCUCCUGCGUCACCCCUGAUGCCGCUCACCGGUGCAAGCUGGUCUCCGACAGCCACGGCCGCGCCCCCCCCGCCUGCGCCUUCGCCUCCCCCGUCCGUGCGCGUCUCCGAGGCUCUUCACGGGGCCUCGCCGCCUCCGCUCUCGCCGCCGCUUGAGGCGGCGCCCUUCCCGCCCCUGUUUCUGCCUUCCGUUCACUCGCAGAGCUUCGCCUUUUCCUCGGGGUCUCAGCCGAGCGCCUGUGGCGAAGGGGGGGCCUCUCUCGCAGCGCCGGCGCUUGAGGGCGAGAGACGAGGCCGUUGUGCAGGCUCCGCGGACGCGGACAACGACGCGGAGGGCCGGACGCCGUCGACCGCGCCGGCGACGACGGCGACGCCGCGCACGCGGCUGCAGGCGAGCCUGGAGAGUGCUGGCGCACUGCUGGAGCAGCGCACGCGACGCCGCGAGCGCGAGAGGAAGCGCGAGAGACGGCGAGGCCGAGAGGAACCGUUUGAGGCGCCGCGUGACGUCUACUUCGUGGAGGACAGAGAGCCGUCGGCGGAGCGUCGAGGCCGGGAGCGUGGGCGGAGCCGAGUCUUGGAGAAGCUUUACGACGACGGCAUGAGCCCGAUGCGCCGGCACGUGCCCGCUGCGCGUCUGCCGGCGCUCGCCGGCAAGCACUUGCAUGCGCGGGUCUCGUUUCAUCCGCGCGAGAAGCGGCGACUGCGUGAGGAAGGCGCUGCAGGUCGUCGACGGCACUCGAUGCAUCGCCAGCGUCUCCUCGCGCCGGCGCCGUUUCUCCUACCUUGCUCCAUGGCGCACUCCCCGUCUUUUCUGUCCAUGACGAUUUCGGCAUCUGCGGCGUCUGCGCCGUUGAGCGGGGCGCCGCUCGCGAGCGGCAAAGUCAUCGUCCCUUCCUGCCCCGCGCCUCUGGCCUCUUCGAGUCAUCCCUCCGAUCAGCCUUUCGCUGGGCUCGACGCUGGGUCCGCGGAGGCUGCAGCGUCUAAAGAGGGCGUGGUCUCGUCGCCAGCCCUCCCCGACACCAAGCGGAGCGUGUGCCUGCCGCCCUCCUUGUCUUCGUUUCAUCCGUCCUCUUCGCGCUCGCGGAUGCAGCCUGCGCCGCGUGCGGCCGUGGCGUCUCCGCCUGCGGAGAUGCUUCGCCACGGCGCGCAGGCGGCGGACUCCUGCGCGGUGCCGAGGAACCGCCUCUGCCGGCUAUGCGCCGCGAGCGUGGUGCCUGAGAUCCUCCUGUCCACCGUCGAAGUCCCCGACGGGCUGCCGAUGCUGUCGCGCUCAGAGUUUCUUCGCGUGCGUGUCUGUCGGACGUUUCCGAGACAGAAUCGAGACGCGCACCGUCGCGGAUCGUCCUCCUCCUCUUCGUCGUCUUCCUCGUCUUCUUCUUCCUCGUCGUCUUCGCCGUCGCCGACGCGCAGGCACGAUCGCGGGGGGGACAGGGAACGCGAGCGAGAAGGCCGCAAAGGAAGGGCGACCGCGAGCGGAAAGCAGACGACGCGUCGCCGCCUGGGGGAAGAGCGCAGCGGAUUGCCGCCAGACGGAGAGGGGGCUGGCUCGGCACGCGGGAAGCAGAGGCAGAAACGGGGGAGUCUCUUCGAGCGCGACGGGGGUCGGCCGCAACCGAAAGAAUCGGGGAGGAGUGAAGGCAAGUCGUCCCUGUUUCUGAAGCACAGGCUGUCUUUCGCCUCCUUGCCUGGCUCUCUCUCCGGAUCGAGCUGCACAUCCAAGCGCCGCGGCCAGCAGGCGGUGGCGCACGCCAAAGGCCACGUGACGCGCGCGUCGUCGCGGCGCCGCGAGACCUCUGGGGGCCACAAGAAGAAAAAGGCGCAGGUCCGCGGCCGGCGACAGGCGCGCAGGCGGCGCGACUCCUCGUCGUCCUCCUCGUCUUCCUCGUCUUCGCCUCAUCCCCCGGCGCGGGGGCGCGGAGCCGCCAAAGGCGGGCUCCGGGGUCGCCGCGGGCGCGGGGCGCGUCCCAGGGGUCAGGGGAAGGCCCAGCCGGCAGAUGUAGCUCUCGCGCAGUCGCUGUCGGAGGCGCUGCCGUUUCUCCUCGUGGACUUGCACCAGCUUCUCAUCCUGAAGACUCGCAUGCAUGGCUUCAACGCAGUCUUUGGCCUUCGCUUCUCGUACGCGGUCUCAGCCCGCGCGGUCAUUGCGGAGGCGGUGGGGACGGGCUUCGUGCUGCUGCCACUGCCGCUUCCCGGCCGUCUGGUGAUUCGCCGGUCGCCGUUCUGCGAUGGCAUGCGGCGCCGCUUGGAGGCGCUGAAGCAUGUGCGGGAGAGGGGGCGAGACGGCCUCGCCGAGAAGGACGCGCGGCGCCGGAGGCGCAGAGAGCUGAAGCGGGUCAGACGCCGGCGGAGGCGCGCGGAACGCCGAAAGCAACUCGACGAGAACAUCGCCCGGCGGCGGCCAGAGGCCAGUGGCUUGCUGUCCUCUUUUUCCUCUUUGUCGCUCUCCUCGGGCGGGGCGGGGAGAGCCGGCGCAGCCAAGCGUGAGAGACACAGACAAGGCGACGGCGAAGGGUCGCGCGAAGAGGACACGGCUAAGGACGUCGUGGAGGAAGACGAAGAGACCUCGGCGAAGAGACGGGACUUGAAGGAAGCGAGCAGAGGAGAGGGAAUGAAGAACAGGGACGCUCACAAGGAGAGUCGGUUUCGUCGUUUUCUGUUUCUCUUGCCACGCAGAAAGAACUCAGCGGAUGCUGCGUCGACCAAGGGCGACGGCGGCGACGAGGCGCCUCACCCCGCAGAGCGAAGAUGCCGUCUUUCUCUUUUUGGGCGUCGGCGGAGGCGGGGUGACCGGGACGACGACUCGCUGUCGUCUCUGUCUUCGCUCUCGUCGUCUUCGUCGUCAUCUUCUUCCUCUUCAUCUUCUUCAACCUCCUCGUCGAGAAGCAGUUACUCGGGGUCCACGUCUUCAUCUUCGUCCUACGCGCGUUUUCUGCGUCCGCGCCACCACCACUGGCGGUCUCGAGGAUUUUUCCGCGCGUAUCGUCGAUACCACCGUUAUUCGCUGGCAGCCGCGCUUCUGCAUCGGCGUUCUUCUUCGUCUUCGUUUUCCUCUUCGUCGCCGUCUUCGUGCUCAUCGUCGUCCUUCGACUCUUCCUCGUCUUCGUCCUCCUCUUCGUCUUCCUCGUCUUCUUCGUCCUCGCUGUCCUCCUCGCUGUCAGACUCCUCGUCGUCUGUCUCUCUCGCCUCUUCUCUGUCAUCCUCCUCGCUGUCCUCUUCGGCGUCCUCUAAGCGUCCCUCAACGGCCUCGCCGCUCCUGGCCUCCGCGCGCUUCGCUAGGUACGGGACGGGCCGCCCGCAUGCAAACUCGCCCGCUCGCCACUUUCUGCUCUCCAGCCUUCCCUACACCGUGCCUGAGUCGCCGCCCUCGUCGCCUUCGCAGACCUCGAGGGUCCAGUCCCGCGAGGAGGAGGCGGAGCGCCGCCCCGCGGGUUCGCUGUGGGCGUCGCCGCCGCAGAGCGGCCGAAGGGCCUGCGGGUCCAUUCUUUCCGGCCUCGCCCCCUGGCAGGAAGGCGACGAGGACAACGGCGAGGGCCGCCCGGGAGCGGCGCAGGCUCCGCGCGAGCCGCCCGCGACACCCUCCACGUCGCAGACUCAGCAGCCGCCCGACGGGGGGGCUGCAGAGAACCCGCUCGCCACUCGACCCGCAGACGAGGCUGGUCCAGAGGGAAGGCGCGACUCCGCGUUCACGCAGAUGGCGGAGGAUGAGGCCGAGCCCAGCAGACGGAGAGCCCGGCGCGCGGUUCGACAGAAGCGGAGAGACGAAGAGGCGAAAGCUCUGGCCCGAGCCAAAGUGGAGGACGACGAAGAGGAACGCAUGGCUCGUGAAGUUGAAGACUUGAGCAUCCGAAGCUGUCUCGAGAACGAACUCAGCGUCGAGAUCUCGUACUGCCAAAGCGAUGCCGCCGGCGAGUGGCUGAGGCUGUCGCACGCCUAUCGCAGACUGCGCAUGCGCGACCGCGCGCUGCAGGCCGAUGCGCUGGACGGCGAACUGCUCUACGGCAAACCCGGCACGCCGUCGCCGUCAGCCUACCCCCUGCUCCCUGCCCCGCUAUCCGGCCUCUCGGGCUCUGCGCGGGUCGUCGUCGUCUCGCCUACGCCGGCUGAGGAAGACGUUCGGCCGGAGGAGGCGCACGCGCAUGUGCCUUCCUAUGCUGGUGGCGAUGCGCAGUCGCUGGCCUAUGCGACAGCCGGCGAGCGGAACCUCCUCGCAGCUUCGGCAAGUGGGGGGCGACCUGCGGCUGGAGCCGCAGGCCUGGGUUCCCCCGAGACGAACGCUGUCACGCCGCGUGCCGCAGACCCCCGCACGGGGGACGGGCGAGGCGGGCCGCCACCGGCUCGCGAGCGAAGCCUCUUUGCCUUUCUCAGGGAAAGCGAAGAGGGAACGCACAGCCGGGACGCCGGCGCCUCAAACCUGCAGCUGCAGCAGUCGCGGGCUGGAGACCCCGACGCGCACGGUGCCGACGCACUGCUCAUCGACGGCCGACGGCCUGGCGCGUGGACUGCGGCCGCCACGCGCGAGCUGAACGGCGACCUUCCAGUGGACGAGCGCCAGGCCGCGUGGCGUCAAGCCCAUGGCGACUACGACGCCCAAAGGCUUGCCGAAGACAGAGCUGGCGUGAGCGGUCAGCUCUGGCGGGGUUCCGCUCUGCGGCGCAGGGCGAGCCAUCCCUCCCUUCCGUCGUCCCUGCUGCUGCGGCCUGCGGUGCUCGGAGGCUCAGGACGAUGGCUGAGGAGACACAGAUACCAACGGACGUUCGUAUUUAACGUGGACGACGAAGUCGACGAGGCCCGACUCCGCAGUCUACACCAGCAGCGACACCUGGAGGGCACAGGCUGCCGCAUCGCAACGCUCGCGCUGCUCCCCGGCGUCGCCUACCGCAGCAUCGGCUGGAGCCGCUGCAGCCAAGCGCCUACCCACCGGCCGGCUGGACCCGCGUGUAUCUCGGGUCUCCUGCCCGGUCCUGCCGCGGCCCUGGCUGUCUCUGGCGACGCCGCGGAAGCCCUGCAGCCUGCAGCUGGGGCGGAGUCAGACGGGCGAGUGGAGGACAGAAGGUCUCCAGCGCGAGAGGCAGAUUCGAGGAGAGAGGCGCCAGAGGGAAAGUGCGCACGGAGUGAGGCCGUAGCGGAGGAUGCAGGCGAGCCUGACCGAGACGCCAACGCUGAGGAAGAAUCCGCGAAGGACAACGCUGGCGAAGAUGCCGACCAGAUCGCGAAGGUGACUGGCUCGCUCCUAGCCUUGCCGCGACGGCGUGUGCAGGCACCUGUCGCGCAUAUUCUCACGCCCGUCGUCGCGAUACGAAAGAAGGUGGCCCUGUCUGGGAAAGCCCUGCGGUCGUCUGCAGCCCUGAGUCGGCAACUCCAGAAGGCCUGGGACUCGGCGCUCAGUCAGCUGCUGUUCGAGCCUGCGCUGCGCUGCAGUCGGGAGAAGUGCGAGUUCGUUCUGGCAGGACUUUCUCAGUCGCUUUCCUUCUCGAAAGACAACUCUCUGUAUAUCUCUCUCUCCGGCCAGAUUCUGCCGCUGGCCUCGCUGCCCCCGAGGCCGACCCGCUGGCGCCCCGACGGCUCACAAACGGUGUCUGUCUAUCCCUCGGUCUUCGCCGCGACGCGGCCUGCGCUCCCCUACCAUCGCCUGGAGGCCAAGUGUGUGUCGGUGGACGGCCCGCGAACUCGUGCGGCAGCGACACCGGCGUCAAACCCGCUGGGCGGCUCGCGCGCGGUGUCGCGUCUUGAUCAACCCCCGCAGCCUCGGGUCAGUGCCGGUGACCCGCCAUCAAGCUGGUUCGCCGCGGCAGUCUCAUCCGGCGGCGCGCACAGCGCGCUAGGGGGGCUCCAGUGCGCUUUGCGCCUACGGGUCAACCGCCCCGCGUCGUCGGCCUUUGUCCCCGAACCCCCCCCUCCGUCGCCGUGUCUGCUCUCGCUUCGUCCAGCGAGUUGGGAGAUUCCUCCGUCGUCGCUGUCAUCGCCACCGGUGUCCGCCGCUGCGGACUCUGCUUCGCGUCUUGCGCGCGAGAACGCAGAGCCGAAGUUCCUUCCCAUGCCAAAUUCUCUGCGGGACACGCCCUGGCGCGUGUCGCACUGCGGCGGUGCGGGAAGGGCGGACUCGCCCCUGCAGUCUCCUGGAGAACCCGAGCUGCGACAGGACGAGGAGGCCCCCACUCCUGAUCGCGCGCAGAGCGACACCGAGUGCGACGGAGUGGCGCUGGCCUCGGCAGCGAUGUGGCACCCGCCUCUGGCGAGACUUGAGGGAGCUCACGCGAUGGAGUGCGACGCCAGCGGGACACGGCCACCGUCAGCCCGCAGAUGUGCCUCCAGCGCGUCACCGCGCCGGUCGUCGUCUUCUCUAUCUCCAGGCGAGGGCAGCGAGCCGCGUCGCGCUGCGUUGCGAGAGAACCAAACGCCGACGUCCCAGCCGCAAUGCCAGCCCAUUUCGGUGGCGAUUCAUGAUGCUGCAGGAGGGGCGCCGAACGCAGCGGCCGGCGAUGCGCGCCUCCGCCAGCAGCCCAAGGUGGCGGCCGCGGGGGAAUCACUGCCGCACGCACCGAGCGACGAUGCUUCGCGUUUGAAGGCUGCGCGUCCUGGCGACGUAGCAGUCACCGUCGCGCUGCCUGGAGUAGGGAGCGCCGAUGUAGGGAUGUCGGGCACAGCUGAAAUCGGUGGGGACAAGAGCGCGGCGUUAUUUCGAUGGGCGCGCUGCAAUGAUGAGACUGGUGGAGUUCUUCUUGCACAUACGCCGAGCCACGCGUCGUCGGUGUUCGGCUCUACCGGGCUGCCACGUCCGCUCGCGGCGGCGCGGUCGCGUUACGGCUCGAGUCGGCUUCUGCCUGAGCGGAAGGUGCUUCAGAGUUUUCUGUCGCGCCUCGCCACCCAGCAAGACUACGCAAAGGACUACCUGGCGAAUCCGUUCUUCCAGCCUGAGGACUUAUUCGCGAUGUACAGCGGCAGCGGGCCUUGCGCAGGUGGCGCCGUGUGGGCGGCCGACGGCCAGGCCGGGGCCGGCGCGCCGAGGACGGAGGAAAACGAGUGGCUCUCAAAGGCCCCACCGAGAGGCGGCUCGCCAGAGCAGCGUGCAGACGACUCCGACGUUUUUGUCACGUCGCUGCCUUCGCUCCCGGGCUGCCAAGUCGUGCGGCACCUUGGAUUUGUCGCCGUCCACUUGGUACAGGACGUGCGGGCUUACCCAAGUCGCCAGGAGCUAUCGGCUGCUCUCCACUGUGCAGCGCUGCGGGGUGCCAAGGCGCGCUGUCGAGCGCUUGGGGGGAAUGUGGUUUUUUCCUCGGUAUUCCAGUGGAACAUGCUGGAGGACGAUCAGCAUCAAUCGUUCGCCGUGCUGACAGUUACAGGAGAUGCUGCGGCCGCAGUUGUCCCCCCCUGCGGAACGCAACAAGUGUGA